CUGAGGGAGGGGUUAAAUAAUAGUGCACAUGGACAUUUGUCAAGAGAACGAAGAAGAGAUCUGUUUACUGAGACGUCUUGUCGCGCAUUUUAUUAAAUUCUAUACACAUUACUAUAAUACCUUUAAAGGUGAGGCGGUUAAAUACAGUAUUUCUGAUCACAUUUUAUAAAAAGCCAUGCCCUUUCAACCUUUACUCUACUUAUAGCUCUACAGAUCAGGAAACAGCUUCACAUAAGCUGAAGUAAAUCUUAUAACCUUGAAGUCUGGGUCAGGCAAGACGAAACAUGACCAAGAUAGGAAAGAAGUAUAAACAGAGCACAGUACAGCAGAAGAAAGAAUGCUUUCAUAUGGUGAGGAGUUUGUGCUGUUUUGUUCUGACCUGCCCCUUUAUAAGCAAAGGUGUAGUAGGUGAAAGUGAAAGUAAGCUCCGUCUACUAGCACUACAACAGCUCUCAGUAUGUCAGUUGUUUUCACAAUGGCAGAAAGUGAAAAGAAAGAAAACACUGUUUACAAGGUUCACGAAAGUGAGCACCAAGAAACAGACUUACCACCCUUAAAGAGUAGUGUAAAGACACCAGGAGGUGCUAGUCCUAUAAAAAAUUUGGUUCGCAUGUUAUCAUUCAGCAAAAAAAGAGAAAAUGAAGAACCAGAGACAAAGGACAACAGUACUGGAAAUAAUACCCAAUCUUCCUCUACUGAAACUAAAGAAGAUGGCUUUUUUCGAAGGUUGUCAACUGUAAGAAAAAGUUUUACACGUAGAGAGAAGUGUACAUCUAUAGAAGAAAAUUAUAUUUCAGAAGACAAUUCCUCAGACAGCAUAGUAAAGAGAGAGGGCAGUAAAAAAUCUUUGUACAAUUUUGCCUUCCAGAACAUUUCUGAAACACAUCUAGCAGCAAUGCAGAUUAAUGACCUUAUUCAGAACAAGUCAUUGGAAGAGGCCUAUAUCAAUCUACUGUCAAUGCGAUUGGAGGUACAGCGUGAGCAGAAAGCUUUAGGUGAAAAAGCCAUGUCAGUGGAACUGAUCCAUAAAGAAAAAGACCUGUGUCUGCUUUUCAACAACCUAAAAGACCAGUUGACUGAAAUUGUCCGGGAAUCCUGUAUCCUUCCUUCUUAUGACAAAGAGCUACUGGUACAAGUGGCUGCAAUUAUCCAGGAGGAGGAAAGGAAUAAAGGAGAAAUGGGAGGGCUGGGUGUCUGGAAGGCAGCAAUACAAGAUGGGGUAAGGGAGACACUUAGUGAGGUCCACCUGCACAGCCAUGAACAAAAUGCCUCCUGCAUAGCAGUGCACUUGGAGUGUCUGGGUAAAAAGAUUGUGGAGCACUUGGAAAAAGCUAAGACAGAUUUUGUAGACGUAUAUCAACCAAGUUUUAAAGUAUUUGAAACCUGUGUGUUAUCUUGCCAUGCGUUUGUGGAGGAACAUCUGAAGGAUCUUCUGAAAAAUGUUACAGAACUUAAGGAUUUUCAUAAAAUCCUGGACUUCAUUGACUGUUAUCAAAGUGAAAAGAUUCUUGGUAGUCCAUCUUUCCAGCCUAAGAUGAAGGAGAUGAAGUCUCCCACACUGUCUGAUAAUGUGCUAGAUCUGAUUAGAAAAGGAUACUGCGACUGUCUAAAGAAAGACCUGAAGGAGUCGGUGCAGAAUAUUAUUAACAUUGAAAGUGAGACAAUAUGGAAGAAAAAAGAACCACCCAGGAAAACAGAAGAUGGAAAAUUUCAAAUUGCACAAGUUCACAUGGAUGUUAGUGCAAUGAUAAAGAAAUAUACUAAUAAUUGUGGGAAGCUUGAUGGAAACCUUAAAAAGAAUGUUGUGUGCAACUGUAUAGAGGCACUGAAAGACUUUCCUGAAAGAUUUGAGAAAGAGUUUGAAAAGCAGAACAGCUCCUUGCUGGGUUCAGAUUUACUGGAUUGUUGUCUUUGGGCACAAUAUCACAUUGCCUACAUUAACAGCUUCAGCUUAAUCAAAGAGGACAUGGAGGGCUACAAAGAUACAUGCCCACAUGAGGUCAAACAGCUGCAGACAGAGUUGGACGGUGUGGUUGACCAAUUGGGGAAGGCUCUGCUGAAGCAAUUCAGAACUGAAAUUGGGCCAUAUCUUGGCAACAUGAUGACGAAGGAAUGGCUAAGCACAGAUACUGAUUUUAAUGAACUGACUAACAGAAUAGAAACCUACUCCGGGUUCUGCAAAUCUAUGAAACAUCCACCUGCAAAAGCUUUUGCCAAUGAUGUGCAUUACCAUGUAGUGAAAGGCUACAUAUCUGAACUACUGAAGAACAAGUUUUCUUGCAAAGGCAGAAAAAAUGAUAUUGCUGGAACAAAGAUAAGAGAACAGUAUGAGGGGCUCAAUAAGCUGUUCCAACAAAUGGGAUCAACCAUGGAGUGGCUUUACCCUCUAGGUGACCAGCUUAGUGUGAUCAUUGAACAGGAACAUGAGAAAGACAUAAAACAACAUUUAUCACCAUUAGUUAAGAAUUAUUCAGAUAUCAGCAAAAAGCAAAUUUCAGCCAUUCUGUCCUUUAGAGACAAUGGCUUUCGUUUUGAGAAGUCACAGGUCAUUCAGCAUUUUAAUGAGCUUAAACAAAAGGUAAAGACAGAUCAUAAUGGAAACCAGGAACAAACAUUCUUCAGUGACAUAAAGUGAGACAAACAUCAGCCUGCUGCAUGUCUUGAAGUUUUAAUGACCAUUAACUUCAUCCAGCAUCAACUGGAAGUAAAGUUUAACAUUAACACACACGAGUGUUAUGGCAGUCUUGGGAUUUUAAUUGUUUUAAUAAAUCUGUUUGAGAUUUUGACCAUUUUGCAGUAAUUGUAUGUGUUCCAAUUAUCUAGUCACAGAAGUUUUAAAAAUUAUUACAAUAAGAUGAUAUAAGAUAAAACAAGACUGACUUACAUGUUUAUGUUUUUGAGUGUAAGUAUGCUGCUGUUAAUACUUUUAUGCUAUCUGUAGCGAAAUAAGCUAUAGCUUAUAGCAGAGUGUGGGUUUAUAAUUAAAAUAAUGAUAAUUUUUUUACUUCUAUUACUGGUCUAUUACUAGGUUAUGAUUAAAAUAUGUAGCUGGUAUAAUAGACUGGGCACAUGUUGGUGUGGGGAAUGUGGUGAUCCAGCUUUCCGUGAUCAGAUCAGGGGUUUUGCAAGCAGCAGCGGAUACACAAUCAGGAACUGGAAAUGACUGGAUUGAGACAUAAAAGGGGAAAAUCACGAUUUUUGCAACUUGAUUUGUACAUUAGCCUUAUUGAGUUCUUAACCUUUUAACCCAAUAAUUACCACUAGAUGCAGGGCUAGUGUCAAGUUUUGUCUUGCACAAAUAAUGCUUUAAGCCUCUUGGUUACAGUUUUUUUUAAUAAAUGGAUGUGAGAAUUUGGAAAACUGUAAAAACUGUGAAGUUUUAACCACCCUAACAUUAUGUAAUUUUAUUCUAUUGCACUGUAUAAUGCUACUGUGAUUGUAUCCUUAAUGUGAAAACAUGUAAUGUAAAAAUAUAUUUUUGCAUUUAUUCUAAUUUUAUAUACUGGUCUGUUGAUGGGUUUCACAAAUCGUAUUGUAAAUCUUAUUUUAUUUUAUGGUAUAUCCAUCAGUGGGGCCUCGACCACCCCCUCACCAGACAUAGCUGAUCAUGAGUGUUAUGGCAGUCUUUGGAUUUUAAUUGUUUUAAUAAAUCUGAACGGUGUUAAUUUGUGGCAUGCCCUCCUAAUUUCUUGUUAAUGAUUAUCAUUGAUUUCAGGUAACUUCUUCAACUAUAUAAUUAAGACUAGUUUUAUUGCACUCAAAGACUGCCAUAAUAUACAUGACCCAUACAAGUUUAUGUUUUUGAGUGUAAGUAUGCUGCUGUUAAUACUUAUACAUUAAUCUGUAGCUAAAUAUGUGUGGGUUUUUAAUUGAAAUAAUGAUUUUUCACAAAUAAUGAUUUGUACAUUAGCCUUAUUUAGUUGUUUAACUUUUAACCCAAUAAUUACCACUAGAUGCAGGGAUAGUGUCUAGUUUUGUCUUGCACAAAUAAUGCUUUAACCCUUUGGUUACGGAUUUUUUUUAUAAAUGAAUGUAAUAAUUUGGAAAACUGUAAAGCUUUAACAAUUCUAACAUUACGUAAUAUUAUUCUAUUUCACUGUAUAAUGCUACAGUCUCAUUAUAUCCUUAAUUUAUCUUAUUUUAUCAUUGCAUUUAUUCUCAUUUUAAAUACUGGUUUGUGGAUGGGUUUAACAAAGCUGUAUCUUAUUGUAUAUCUAUUUUUAUAAGAUGGUAUAUCCAUCGAGGGGCCUCAGCUACCCCCUCACCAGACAUAGCUAAUCAUGUAUGUAGACGCCCAACAGGCUGAUUGCACUGCUGGGGAUUUGAACCCUGGAUCCCAGCAGUAGUGGGCUAAAGCUUUUAACUGCUGCAUCAAACUUUGCCUUUUAAAACAAGUACUUCAGACAGAAAUAGGAUUGGAACAACAUCACUUUUUAAGAUUAAAAAUUUUAACUGAAUCAUAUGUCACUUAAAUUCUUUAAAAAAUGAUAAGAUUACUAAACUGCCCUGAGCUGGUAAGUUAGCAACCGGCUAGCUAUGUGCUAACACUAUCUUUAUAUAUUAUUCUACAUGCUUGGCUAAUAAUAAAUUGCGUCUAUUUGUACCUGUGGUCAAUAACUCUCUAAUACUUUUAAACUAUUGAGCUGUUACUCGACUUCUGACUGCCACCCACUGGAUGCAGCCCUGCUGCCUGCUGGCCUUUUAUUUGCAUUACCAAUGUUAUUUUGAUAUAAAACUGUCCAGGCUGCAUUCCAAACCAUAUCAUGUAUAAAUUAAAAAAAAAAAGUUUUGGUUAAUUUUAAGCAUCUAUUCUGCUUUGAAAAAGCAAUACGUAAGUGUAAAUGUAUUAAUUAGGGAUACCAAUUUAUUUAGAUCAAUAACCUACUGUUUUUAUGCAAUGGUUAACCAAUAACCAACAGGUUUAUAGCAGCUCAUUACAAUAUAAAACAAGGCAGCAGUGGGUAGCACUGUGAUCUCACAGCAAGACAGUUCUGUGUUCAAGGUGAAGCUGCCCAGGUUCUUUCUGUGUCUGUGUGGGUUUCCUCUGGGAGCUCCGGUUUUCUCCCUCAGUCUAUAGAUGCUUAAAUUAGGUGAACUGAAAAUAUGAAUUGCCUGUGAUGCACCUUGUGUAACAUGUAACUUGUGUAACAUGUAACUUGUAACUUAAAAAUGUGUAAAGUGUAAAUCAUGUUAAAAUUCUAAUUAUUAAACAAACUAAAUAAAAA